AGGUUAGGUCGGCAUGGUCAGACCAUCAGACGACCAGUAGAGACGGCGCUUAGAGUAGAGUCUGGUCGGCCGCCCUGGGCGAUUCUGUCCGUUAUUAUUGUCUCCUGUUGAUGCAGUUACGGAAUACAGAAAAUUGGCAAGCGGACCGAGACUCGUGGUGAGAUUACGAAAGGAAACAGCAGUGCGAUCGCAACUCGUCAGUAAAACGAAUCGGCAGGAAAAUGACACCAACUUUGGGAUGGGCCGAUUACGCAGUGAUGGGAAUAAUGUUGAUAAUCAGCACUGGAAUUGGAAUUUAUUACAGAUUCACAGGCGGUCGUCAGAAAACCACGCAGGAAUACUUCACCGCUAAUGGAUCGAUGAGCAUAAUACCGGUGGGCAUCGCUCUCAUGGCCUCCUUCAUGUCGGCCGUCACUCUCCUUGGCGUUUCGUCCGAGAAUUACACUUACGGCACUCAAUUUGUCGUCAUCAACAUAUCCUACGGGAUCGGCACUCCGAUAGCUGCCUAUGGAUUCCUUCCCGUAUUUUUCAAACUACAAGCCACAAGUGCCUACGAGUACCUCGAAAAACGCUUUGGAGUCGGUGCCCGACUGGUUGCCAGCUUCGUCUACUGGGUCCAGCUGCUCCUGUACACAGGAGUUGUCCUCUACGCUCCGUCGUUGGCGCUCGAAGCAACCACCGGCAUGUCAAAAACCUGGAGCAUUAUCGCCAUUGGACUGGUGUGCGCCUUCUACUCAAGUAUCGGCGGCAUUAAGGCCGUCUUAAUCACCGACGUAUUCCAGAGCAUCCUGAUGUUCGUCGCCGUGUUCGUCGUCAUCGGCAUUGCAGUCGGUGACGUCGGCAGCUUGUCCGAGAUCUGGAGGAUCGCCGAAGAGGGAGGUCGCAUCGAGUUUGAUAGCAUAUCCCCGGAUCCCACGGUGCGGCACACCUGGUGGAGCCUCGUAAUCGGCGGCCUCUUCACUUUCCUGUCUCUCUACGGUGUGAACCAGGUUCAAGUUCAGCGCAUGUUGACCGUUAAGAGCUUAAAGGCUGCGCAAGCGGCUCUAUGGCUGAACUGGCCAAUUCUGAUGUUCCUUUCCUUCAGCACCAGCUUCUCUGGUCUCGCGAUAUAUAGCAGAUACUAUAACUGUGAUCCCAUAAAACAAGGAAGAAUAAAAAAUAGCGACAUGUUGAUGCCUCUCUACGUCAUGGACACGAUGUCACACGUGCCUGGCCUGCCCGGGCUCUUCAUUGCAGGGAUAUUUAGCGCCGGUUUGAGCACCGUAUCCGCUGCUUUGAAUUCCUUGGCCGCGGUAACAUUGGAGGACUACAUAAAACCAGCAUACAAGCGAUGUUCCGGCAACGAUUUCCCUCUCACCAGGUCAACAAUGUUCGGAAAACUGCUAGCCUUUGCCUUCGGCAUUAUUUGCAUCGCUCUGGCAUUUUUGGCCCAGUUUUUGGGUGGCAUUUUGCAGGCUAGCCUGACGAUCUUCGGGGUGGUAGGAGGUCCCUUGCUCGGUAUGUUCACCCUCGGAAUGUUCACCGAAUCGGCGACCCAGCGAGGUGCUAUAACCGGGACUCUUGUGGCUCUGAUAUUCUGCCUGUGGAUCGGAUUCGGUCAGCCUCGGCCAAGCGCUCCAAGAUUAUCGACAACGGAUGCGGGCUGCAAUGCAAAUUACACGGGAAUUUUAAAUGCGACAACUGAGGCACCGACAACGUUAGCGACCUGGACCAACGCCACCACUGAGGACGAUUCGGUCAGCUACUUUUAUCUCUAUCGCAUCUCGCACAUGUGGUACAGCGCCAUUGGCUUCCUGGUGACUUUCCUCGUCGGGUUGCUCGUCAGCAACGUCGGGCGGAUCGUCAUGAAGGAGGAACAGCCGGAGCUGGACCCGGAUCUGUUUAUUCCUUGGGUAGCCGAUCGCAUAAGGAAGCGGCGAUCGCGGUUUUCACCGUCAUUCGACAAGCUGGCUCUUGAGCCGCGCAGUGUCACUUCGAAGUACACAUUUCCUGAGGACAGAACGGAGUCGCCGGUCCCAAGAAACACGGAGUUUUAGUUGGAGAUUUAUCGGUGACUCGAUCAGAGGCCGGACCUCGAGGAUGCACCCAAUUUCACGUCUUCCAAUUUUCAUAUAUAUAUAUAUA